AUGGCUCGGACCAAAAGAAGCGCGCGUAAAUCAACUGGUGGAAAAGACCUCAAUGUUUCAGAUGUGAAGCAAUACGCAAAGAAGACGAUCAAGAAGCCUUAUUUCGGGCUAGAGACGAAGUUCAAGGAUGGUCAGAUGGCCUAUCGAAAGACAAUUUCCGGGGCGCGGAAGCAGGCGUCGCAGGUCAAGAGGCCACACCGGUUCCGACCUGGAACCGUUGCGCUUCGUGAAAUAAGGCGCUACCAGAAGUCCACGGAACUCCUCAUUCGCAAGUUACCAUUCCAAAGGCUCGUCCGUGAGAUUGCCCAGGAUUAUAAGACAGAGCUCCGAUUCAAGGGAGCAGCUGUCUUGGCCCUCCAAGAGGCGGCUGAGGCGUACCUCGUCGGAUUAUUCGAACACACUAAUCUAGCGACUUUGCAUGCCAAGCGUGUUACGAUCAUGCCGAAGGAUAUGUACCUCGCUCGUAAGAUUCGCGGCGACAUUCUGAAGGGGUUCUAG